AUGUCUGGACUCGUCGGGCGUGUCGCUUUCAUCACCGGCGGUGCCAAGGGCAUUGGCCUGGCAUGUGCCCAGGCCCUGGGGCGAGGGGGUGCCAGGGUUGUGAUCGCGGACGUCUCGGCCGACGACCUAAAGAGCGCGGAGCGUGAUCUGGGGGCCGAGGGCAUCGAGUGUGCCAGCGCGGUCUGCGAUGUCGGCGACAGGACCCAGGUGGAGGCCGCGGUGGACUUCACGGUGAAGACUUUCGGAAAGUUGGAUGUCGCGGUGGCCAAUGCCGGCAUCGUGCGGGCGGCGGAUUUCCUGGAUCUCACAGAUGCAGACUGGGAUGCGGUCAUCCGGGUCAACCUCACCGGCGUCUUCCUCACCGGCCAGGUGGCCGCGCGGCAGAUGAAGGCGCAGGGGCACGGCGGCUCUAUCGUCAACAUCUCCUCCGUCAACGGCGUCAUGGCCAUCCCCACCAUCGCCAACUACAACGCCUCCAAGGGCGGCGUGAACAACCUCACGCGCGCCAUGGCGCUGUCCCUGGCGCCCCACGCCAUCCGCGUGAACGCAGUGGGUCCGGGGUCAAUCAUGACCGACGUGCUGCGACAGGUGGUGGCCGACAAGGCGGCCAUGGCCAAGGUGCUGUCCCGUACGCCCAUGCUCCGCGCCGGCGACCCCAUUGAGAUUGGAAACGUGGUCAAGUUCUUCGCCAGCGACGACUCCAGCUACAUCACGGGCCAGAUCCUCUAUGCCGACGGCGGGCGCAUGGCACUCAACUACACGGUCCCCGUGCCAGAGGAGGCGCUGGAGGGCCUGUGA